GCGGCGCGGGCUCCGCCCUCUGCGCCUGCGCGCUGCGGCCGGCUCGAGGACCCGGAUUUAAAGAGACAGGCGCUCCAACCGUCGUGGCGGCGCGCGGCCCGGGGCGCCGGGUCCGAGGCCUGCGGGGUGCGCCGGAGCCGGGAAGGCAGCUGUAUGACUUUGGCUUUCAAGAUCCUCUUCCCACCAACCUUCCGCGCACUCAGGCGAAAAGAAUUGUGCCUGUUCCGAGAGCCACAUCACUGGCCUGACAUAAGACAGUUCAGCCAUUGGUCAGAAAGAGGUCUGCUUCAUGGGUCCUGCCUCCUCCAGAGAAGAAAGCCUGUUCUGUCAUUCCAGGAAGGCAGUCUAAGACCACGUGCCACCUGCCUUGUUUUUUUGCCAGGGUCGCAUGUGGGACUCUGCAGUGGGCCCUGUGAGAUGGCUGAGCAACGGUUCUGUGUGGACUAUGCCAAGCGUGGCACGGCUGGCUGCAAAAAAUGCAAAGAAAAGAUUGUGAAAGGUGUAUGCCGGAUUGGCAAAGUGGUGCCCAAUCCCUUCUCAGAGUCCGGGGGUGAUAUGAAAGAGUGGUAUCACGUUAAAUGCAUGUUUGAGAAAUUGGAGCGGGCCCGGGCCACCACAAAAAAAAUUGAGGACCUCACAGAGCUGGAAGGCUGGGAAGAGCUGGAAGAUAAUGAGAAGGAACAGAUAAGCCAGCACAUUGCAGAUCUGUCUUCUAAGGCAACAGGAACACCAAAGAAGAAAGCUGUCGUCCAGGCUAAGCUGACAGCCACUGGCCAGGUGACCUCUCCAGUGAAAGGUGCCUCAUUUGUCACCAAUACCAAUCCCCGGAAAUUUUCUGGUUUUUCAGCCAAGCCCAACAACUCUGGGGAAGCCCGCUCAAGCCCUACCCCUAAGGCAAGUUUGUCCUCAAGCAGAUGUGAUCCCAAGCACAAGGAUUGUCUGCUACGUGAGUUUCGGAAGCUGUGUGCCAUGGUGGCUGAGAAUCCUAGCUACAACACGAAGACCCAGAUCAUCCAGGACUUUCUUCGGAAAGGUUCAGCAGGAGAUGGUUUCCACGGUGACGUGUACCUAACAGUGAAGCUGCUGCUGCCGGGUGUUAUUAAGAGUGUUUACAACUUGAAUGAUAAGCAGAUUGUGAAGCUUUUCAGCCGCAUUUUUAACUGCAACCCAGAUGAUAUGGCACGGGACCUAGAGCAGGGCGACGUGUCAGAGACAAUCAGAGUCUUCUUUGAGCAGAGCAGAUCUUUCCCCCCAGCUGCCAAGAGCCUUCUUACCAUCCAGGAAGUGGACAAAUUCCUCCUUCAGCUCUCCAAGCUCACCAAGGAGGAUGAGCAGCAACAGGCCCUGCAGGACAUCGCCUCCAGGUGUACAGCCAAUGACCUUAAGUGCAUCAUCAGAUUGAUCAAACACGAUCUGAAGAUGAACUCGGGUGCAAAACACGUGUUAGAUGCCCUUGACCCCAAUGCCUAUGAAGCCUUCAAAGCCUCACGCAACCUGCAGGAUGUGGUCGAGCGGGUCCUCCGCAACGAGCAGGAGGUGGAGAAGGAGCCAGGCCAGAGACGAGCUCUGAGUGUCCAGGCUUCCUUGAUGACGCCAGUGCAGCCCAUGCUGGCCGAGGCCUGCAAGUCCAUCGAGCAUGCGAUGAAGAAGUGUCCUAACGGCAUGUUUUCCGAGAUCAAGUACGAUGGGGAACGAGUCCAGGUGCAUAAGAACGGGGAUCACUUCAGCUACUUCAGCCGCAGCCUUAAGCCUGUGCUGCCUCACAAGGUGGCCCACUUUAAGGACUACAUCCCCCAGGCUUUCCCUGGGGGCCACAGCAUGAUCUUGGACUCCGAGGUGCUCCUGAUCGACACGAAGACAGGCAAACCGCUGCCCUUUGGGACUCUUGGAGUGCACAAGAAAGCUGCCUUCCAGGAUGCUAAUGUCUGCCUUUUUGUUUUUGAUUGUAUCUACUUCAAUGAUGUCAGUUUGAUGGAUAGGCCUCUCUCUGAGCGCCGGAAGUUUCUUCAUGACAACAUGGUGGAAAUUCCCAACCGGAUCAUGUUCUCAGAAAUGAAGCAAGUCACUAAAGCUUCAGACUUGGUCGACAUGAUAAACCGGGUCAUCCGAGAGGGGCUGGAAGGGCUGGUGCUGAAGGACGUGAAGGGUACCUAUGAGCCUGGAAAGCGGCACUGGCUGAAAGUGAAGAAAGACUAUUUGAAUGAGGGGGCCAUGGCUGAUAUGGCGGACCUGGUGGUCCUUGGGGCCUUCUAUGGGCAAGGGAGCAAAGGUGGCAUGAUGUCCAUCUUCCUCAUGGGCUGCUAUGACCCAAGUAGCCAGAAGUGGUGCACGGUCACCAAGUGUUCAGGAGGCCAUGAUGAUGCGACCCUUGCCCGCCUGCAGAAGGAACUGGACAUGGUAAAGAUCAGCAAGGAUCCCAGCAAAAUACCCAACUGGCUGAAAAUCAACAAGAUCUACUAUCCUGACUUCAUAGUCCCAGACCCAAAGAAAGCUGCUGUGUGGGAAAUCACGGGGGCUGAGUUCUCCAGGUCUGAGGCUCACACGGCCGAUGGGAUCUCCAUCCGAUUCCCUCGUUGUACCCGGAUCCGUGACGAUAAGGACUGGAAAUCUGCCACUAACCUUCCCCAGCUCAAGGAACUGUACCAGCUGUCCAAGGAGAAGGCGGACUUCGCUGUGGCGGCUGGAGAGGAGGGAAGCUCCACCACAGGGGGCAGCAGCAGCGGCGGAGAGAACGGGGGUGUCUCGGGGCCUGCUGGGGCUAGCAAGGCCAAGAAGGUGGGAGGGAGGCCGAGUAGCCCCAAUGACAGAGGCGGCCACAAGUUGAUAGCCAAACCUUCCCCUGUGAAAGUGGGGCAGAAGCGGAAGGCUCCCGAUGAGGCUUCAUGCCCAGCAAAGAGGUGGCCGGCCAAGGAGCAGAGAGGAAGAACUAUGUCAGCAGGCAGGAGCUAGAACAGCCCAGGCUAGCUGAGAGGCUGCAGGGACCCACCAGGCUGCUGGUCCCGUUCACAAUUUACAUUAAAGGGGAGAAAGCCCAGUCUAGGUGGAGUGCAGCAGUGUGAGUUUGUGCUUUGGGCCAAAGCAGGAGCCCACAAAGAGCGGGCACGGGGCACUGGCUUGGUGAUUGUCCUCCUACCUUAAAAGCCUUUCUCCUUUCAUGCUCCCUUGUCCAUCAUUGGUUUGAAAACCACUUCUGAGCACCUACUGAAUCCAGGAAGGAGGCUCAGCCCUGGGGGAGCUGCUGGCCUAAAGGGCACAUAGGCAAACGUUUGAUCUCUCUACGGUGCGAUGGAGCCACAUGAAUCCUCCCCUACUCCCCAAGUGAAAGCAAGCAUCAGAGUUUGGCAGGCAGGGCCCUGAACUCAGUCCCCAGCAGAAGUGUGGAACCUUUCCCAUCAUUUCCCUGCCUGAAGCCCCUGAACCCAUGCCCAGCAGAGCUGGGCUCCUGACACCCCCAAGCCUAGCUCCUUGUGCACCAGUGGACUGCUCUGCCAGCCAGCAUAGCAUUACUGAGCCAAAGAGCCACUAGUCUGACCCACAGGACGGAGCUUGGACAUACAUUUCCCUUCUCCAGGGCCCCAGUGUGGGGACCCACCUGCUCUUCCUACUCUUCCUCUAGACAGGGAGGGGCAUGUGUCCUCUGUAGUGGUAAGGGACUGGGGUUUUGCUGCCUGGUCCUAUUCUCCAGUAAAUUCUCUGCGGUCGCGUCCUGACGACUAGGCUCCCUCCAGCUCUGGCUCUUGUUCUGCCCUCAGACCUUCCUCU